CGCCCAUCCGGCAGGAAAGCGCAGGCUCGGCGCUGCCGCCCACGCUCGCUCCUGCCGUCGGUGUCUGGCUGGGGCUGCGCGUGACCGGCAUGAGCGCGUUCGCGGGCCCGUGACCGCGUCAGGGAUGGACUGCGGCUCUGUCACGAACGAGAGGCCGAAGCGCCGCCGGCGGCUUCUGCUCUCCCUGGUCGCCGGCCGCGGUGGAGGCCCCGGAGGCCGCGGCGUCCCCACGCGCCACCUCCUGCCCGGGCUCCUCGGCGGUCUGGGGGCGCUGCGUCCCCGCGCCCCGGCGGCCCGCGGCGGCGCGUCACGUGCCUCCCCGCUGCUCCUCCUCCUGCUGCUGCCCUCCCCGCGCCUGGCCGCUGCCUCCCCGCGCCGGCCGCUGGCGGACUGGGAGCGCUCGCGCGCCGGGCCCUCGGCUGCCCCGGCGGGGCGCGGCGGCGCGAGGAAGUGCCAGCCGGGCCUGGCCCCGGGCGUCACCUGUGCGGCGGGCGCGCUCCACCUGUGCCUCGGCCAGGUGGCCGCCCUCGCUUCCUCCAGGAGAGAGCUGAGCGUCUGUGCUGGGAGCCUGCAUCUGGAGAGCAAAAGGAGAGAUUUCACCUCUUCUCGGAGUAGGAAGCUCUACUUUGACACCCAUGCCUUAGUGUGUUUACUCGAAGAAAAUGGGUUUACUACUCAACAAGCAGAAAUCAUUGUCUCUGCCUUAGUCAAGAUCAUGGAGGCCAACAUGGAUAUCGUCUACAAAGAUAUGGUCACCAAGAUGCAGCAGGAGAUCACUCUUCAGGAAAUAAUGUCUCAGAUUGCCAAUGUGAAAAAAGAUAUGAUUAUUUUGGAGAAGAGUGAAUUUUCAGCCCUCAGAUCAGAAAAUGAGAAAAUAAAACUUGAACUACAUCAGUUAAAACAACAAGUAAUGGAUGAAGUGAUCAAAGUCCGAACAGAUACCAAAUUAGAUUUCAGUCUAGAAAAGAGCAGAGUAAAAGAAUUGUAUUCAUUAAACGAAAGGAAGCUGCUGGAAGUAAAAACAGAAAUGGUGUCAUUGCACGCCCAGCAAGAUCGGGCCAUCACGCAGACAGACAGGAAGAUAGAUACCGAGGUUGCUGGCCUCAAAACCAUGCUUGAGUCACACAAGCUUGAUAAUAUUAAAUAUUUAGCAGGAUCUGUAUUUACGUGCCUAACAGUAGCUCUGGGAUUUUAUCGUCUGUGGAUAUAAUAAAGUAUCUAUUUAAAGAGCAUUUUAUUGUUUUGCCUUAAAAUACCAGAUUGCUGUGCUUUUUUUCCCUCAUUUCCAAUUUUAAUGCUGAUUUUUAAUUUAAUGCAUAUUAUUUAUUGUAUGCAAAUUAUGGACAUAUAACCAAGGCAGAGAAGUGAGAAAUUUCAUAACUGCUGCUUCCAUCUUUCCUGUUUAGUUGACUUUAUAACUCUGAGUGGUGGUGGACGAAGCAAGGAAGACUCCACUCAGCUGGGCCAGUGACCUUUGGGACAUACCAGCAGUAAAUAUUUGUAUAACUCUCCACAAUUUUAAGUCUUUUGCUUUAAUCGAGGAUUGGGGGUCUCCGUUUAAAAGGCACGGGAGCUUUACUAAGUGCUGAAGAAUCAUUGUAACUGAAUCCUCUUCACCUACUGACCCAGACCCUAAUGUCAGCAGGUUGUGUUUCAAGGUUGUUAGAGGUUGUGUUAGAGGUUGUUUCAAGUCCGGUUGGUUGGUAGCCUCAUGCUACAUGGUACUUUACGCCCAAAAGAGAUUUUUUUUCUUGUAAUUUCCACUGUCUUAGUUAUCGUUCUGUUCAUUUUCUGUGUGCCUUCCAGCUAGAAAAUCUUGUUGCCUGAUGAAGCACUGUGAUUGGGAUGCAGACUCUCUCAGCCUCCUAGAGUGGUAACUGCCUCUCCCUCCCUCUCACUUGGCCCCUUCUCCUCUCCUCCCUCUUGGUGUGAGAGUUGUUACAACGCCUCAGGUGUGGCACUGCCUCCCUAGAGAACAGGCUCACCCUCGGCGUGGAAGUCCACUUCAGUCUGUGGGACAGGCUUUCUUCCUUCUGGUCUUCCAAGGGAGGCACAGGGUGUAACUUCUGUAGGAAUAUCUGGAUGUGUAGACGGUGCACGUACUUUCCAGAAAUGUCUUUAAUGAAUACGCCUUUGCCCAUUACAAGCUCAGGUCAUAGGCUUUGAAAAUUAGAUAAUUUUCAUGCCAGGUAUCCUAAUCUAGGUUGAUUUCUUUGGUGGUUAAAGACAUUCUCAUACAAACCUUACCUCUGCAUUUAAAACAAAUUCCAAGAUACAACUGGGGGUAUUUUGGAGACGCACAUUCUCAUCUUACUUGAAUGACCUGCACGUAGAGAGAAUAGCAUUUGAGAAACGAUGACACUGAAUGGCGCCUUCCUGUCUCUCUCCACGUGCACGCGUGUGCAUAUAACCUGGUCCAGUGGAGAAACCACAUAGAGACUUCGGGAUCAGACUGGUACAAGUGCCCAUCGUCAUUGUUCCAUCCACACUGGUGAAAAGUUACCCUCUGUCCUUUGGGUGUCAUUUCUAAACUUUGUAAAGUGUAAGCCAUUGCCUUGUUUGAAACAUUUGUGUAGCAUAAAGAUUCUGAGCUCCAGAUAAGUAUAAACAUCAAGUACUUUGGCAUGAGUGGUGUAAGUUUCAAAGUGAAUAAUAAUUUAAUCUUUUUUCAACUAGAUCCAAAAUUAUCUUAACUGGCUCAUAAAACAUUUUAUAGAUAUAUUCUUCCCCUUUCAGAGAAGGAGCCCCAGAAAAUACUGUACAUUUAACAACUGCGCUAAGUAUUAAAGAGUUAAAUAAAUGACAUACCAUUAAGACCACCUUUGCGAUAUAACUUUGGCUAGUAGGAUCCUGAAGGAGCUUGGAGCACAGGGAGACACUCCUCCAAAAAAAAGAAUCCCCAAGAGGAAAAAGUACUGUAUGCAAUUUUGUUUCAAAGCAAAUAAUAACUUUUACAGGUUAAAAACAGAAAGUGAAGUGACCUUAUAUCCUGACAAGAUAUUUUUUAAAUAACAUUUCAGUUGGGUGACUUUCUGUCCUCUGUCAGAAGUAUUCCAGAUGACAUUCCUACUGGUGAUGCUGGGGGCCACAUCAGUCUGUCAGUUAAUUUGGACCGCUGAUUUUGCUGCAGAGUUCUCUGCAGUACGGAACAGCCCCCCACCUUCCCUGCCUUGGGAACAGUGCACUUUCCUUUUGGUGACCUGGAUUGCAUGCGUAUACGGAGGCUGGGAGGGUUCAGGACCAUAUUCCCUUUCUUUAGUCACGUGUAUUGUAUUUGAAAAGCAUAAGAGCCAGAAAUACAAGUGUACCCUUCCUGGUGUGGACCCAGACGUCUGUGAACACGUAAGUGACUGGGACUGGACACAGUGUGAUGGCUCCUGAGCUCACCUGGCUUAGAGGAUGUAGGUCACUUUAGGAAACUCGGCAUUAGCACUCAUAAGGGGGAAGGUGCCUGGCAGAAUUCCCAGAUACCCUGCGUCUAGCACAUGGGGAAAUUAGCCAUAGCAAGGUCCUAAAAAUUACCGCUCCAGGCACAGGUGCCUAAAGCAGAAUGUCAGGUGGACAGAAUCUGUAUUUCCUGUUCACGCACAAAUCACUUAGGAGGUUCCUCCGCCCUCCUGCUUUCUCUCCCCUCCCCUACUCUUUAUCUUUUUUUAAAGAGCUUAAACUCCAACCCCACUCCUUUCCUGGACCCUUAAUAAGUGAGCCUGUUUGUGUGUACGGUUCUUUACAAGAAACCUGAUUUUUUUUUUUUUU